AUGGAAAAUGAUCCCCCACCAUUAUGUGAAGCUCGACCUGUUGACCCAACAAAAGAUAUGUUCAAUUGGAUCGGCUCUAUCCGAGGCCCUGAUGGUUCGCCAUUUCAAGGUGGAACUUUUCGCUUAGCGAUUCGUUUUCCAACUGAUUUUCCAUUUAAACCUCCACGAGUUCAUUUUACCACCCGCAUUUAUCAUCCGAAUAUAAGUCCUCAAGGUGAUAUUUGUCUCGACAUUCUUCAUGAUAAAUGGUCACCUGUAUUAACUAUUCGAACUGUUCUCUUGAGUUUAUGUUCAUUAUUAACUGAUCCAAAUCCAGAGCAUGGAUUAGAUAAUGAUAUUCUUCAAGUUUAUCGAACAAAUAAAAAAAUGUACGAAGAAAACGCAAAAGAAUGGACAAAAAAAUACGCCAUGGAGAAUCAAGAGACGUUGCCUUAG